AUGAUACAACAAGAUAGCAAAACGAAACUGUUUAGAAUACGGAAAACCGUCUCUAAAAUGCUCGCCUCUCGCGGGUAUUUAGUUUCCCAAAAAGAGUUGGAACGAGACAAGGAUUCGUUUUUGGAGGAAUUCGGGGAAGUGUCGAGAGAGCAUUUAACUAUUAUGGUUCCGAAAAGAGACGAUCCGUCGGAAAACAUAUUCGUGUUUUUCCCGGAGGAAGAGAAAGUCGGGGUGAAGAUGAUUAAAGAUUACGCGAAGAGAAUGCGAGAGGAGAACGUUAUGCGAGCGAUUAUCGUGAUUAGAAGCUCCUUGACGCCGUUCGCGAAGCAGUCGCUGUUGGAGGUGCAGCAACAAAAGUUCAUCAUCGAAACUUUUCAAGAGACGGAGUUAUUGGUGAAUAUUACCGACCAUAUUUUAGUUCCCAAACAUGUUUUGCUAACCGAUGAGGAGAAGAAGACGUUGUUGGAAAGAUAUAAAGUGAGAGAGACACAGUUGCCGAGGAUUCAAUUGCACGACCCCGUGGCGAGAUAUUAUGGGAUGCGUAGAGGGCAAGUCGUGAGAAUUAUUAGACCGAGUGAAACCGCGGGGAGGUAUGUGACGUACAGACUUUGCGUUUAG